AUGCUCAACGACAUUUUUUUUUUUUCAUAUUUCCUAACUUAUUUCCAUUUUCUUCAUCAUCUCAUUCUUCCUUCUUUCUACAUUUAUUUUUCCGACUUUCUUUAUUUUCUUUUUCGUUCCUCUCUCUUUUUCACAUCACCUGUUUUAUUUUCACUUUUUCUUUUUUUUUUACCGGCUUUAUCUGUAAUAUUUAUCCUUUCCCCCUCAUCUUUUUCUUUUCUUUUUAAUAUUCCUUUCUUAUUUUGGUUUUUCUUUCUACAUCCUUCUUCUUUUUCUUCGUCUCAAAUUGUUCACCAUCGUCACUUUUAUCAUUCAUUACCCUCUCUUUUUGUUCACAGAAUACGCGUAUUUAUUACUCUUUCUUUGUUUCUGUCUCUAUGUUUCUCUCUCUUUCUCUCUCUCUCUAUCUCUUUCUCUCUCUUUUUCUGUUUCUCUCUUUCUUUCUCUCUUUCUCUGAUUUCUUUCUUUCUCUCUGAUUUCUCUCUUUCCCUCUGUUUUCUCCCUCCUUCUUUCUCUUUGUUUUCACUCUCUCUUUCUCUGUUUUUCUCUCUUUCUCUUUCUCGCUGUUUUCUAUCUCAUUCUUUCUCUUUGUUUUCACUCUCUCUUUCUCUGUUUUUCUCUCUCUCUUUCUCUCUGUUUUCUCUCCUUCUUUCGCUUUAUUUUCACUCUCUCUUUCUCUUUUCUCUCUCUCUCUCUCUCUCUCUCUCUCUCUCUCUGUGUGUGUGUGAGUGUGUUUUUCGUUGUUUUCACCAUCGUUGCACUAUCAGUCCACUUUUUUCUAUAUUUAAUUAUUUCCAUUCUUGUCGUCUGCUAAACUGA